AUGAAAGGCAACCAGCUCGGUUGGGUUGCUUUCGAAAGUAGUCCGGAGGUUGGCGACGCGGCAAAACGCUGGCUUGGUUUGGACGGUUCCUGCGAUUGGAAGACCGCUUGUAAAAAGCAAUGUAAGGAGCUCGGAAUCAACUUCAAGACGGUCAGGCACCAUCUUGCACGGACAACUGAGAUCGCUCAAUCUAUUGGAGAUGGGGGAACAGCGUUUUGUUACGGGGCUGUCCACAGGUUUCAGGAACACGACAUCAAGCAUGCAUUGCUCCUCCUGCGUCCCGUGAAGCUGACGGCAGCCAACAAAGAAAAGUUCAAUGACAUUGACGAAGGGCGUUCCGUCCUGACAAGCCUCGCCGAUCUGAACAUGGAUUCUGUUCUGUCUGUCUGCUCCCCUGCUCCAUAUGGAGACCUUCUGACCGAGUCCACCAAGCUGGACCCAACCAUUCCGAGAGAAGAGACAUUUCCACAGCCUGUCUUCGAGCAUCAACUCCUGCAAGCGGUAAAGAAGCAUCUCGUUCACGGUCAGGCGGUCCGACUUGUGCCGUACAAGUUGAACAUCUACGGAGAAGGCGACUUCUUCAAGCCCCACAAGGACACCCCCGUGAACCCGCAGCACUUCAUUGGCACGGUCGUGGUGUGCCUUCCGUCCAAGUUCUCUGGUGGCGAGUUGCUGGUAUCACACGGCAGUACCUGCCAGACCUUCGAUUUCGCCGAGCACUCCGGAAAACCUGGGGUGUAUCAGUUUGCCGCCUUUUAUGGCGACUGCCUUCACGAGAUCAAGCCAGUCACGGAAGGUCGCAGGGUGACCCUCACCUAUCACAUCUUGCGCACGGAAACGAUCAGCGAGCCCGAUGCAAACGACCAGAAGAUUUAUUGGCCCCUAGACCUCGGACAGAUGAGAGCGUUUCCGCUGGCCAGACUGCCAAAGGGGGGCCCCGUUCCUCAACACUUGCAGAAAGCGUUGAAAGCGCAACUGUCUGCGCUGUCCGGAAUUGGUUAUCCGUACGUCGGUUUCAUCCUUCAGCACGAGUACACACGGAGCGGACUGGUGCCAGAGGGGCUGAAAGGGGGCGACAAGGUUUUCUUUGACCUUCUCCGAGAAAUCGGAUGGUCCCUGCGUCUCUUGCCUGUCCUGGUGGUCGAGGAGCAGCGCCAAAGCGAAGGAUACCAGAGUCACACCCAGGACGUAUUUUCCUUCACGAAGCAAGACUUUGAGUUCUUGAACGGGAAGGAAGACGCAGAGUUCGAUCAUGGAUACAAAGACGAGAUUCCAUUCAUCUGGUAUGGCGAAGAAGGAAAGGUCCUAGAACAGGAUUCGACUUUGGGAUGCUAUGAGGGGAAUUACUAUGAGCCGACUAGAGAGGCAUUGUCUACUUACAGUCUGGCAUCAUCGUUGAUCUAGACCACAAGUUCUAGCGCGUUCCGUAGCCUGCCGUCAUAAGAGAAGGGAAUACAAGCCCUGCAAGCGUUUCGUCAGGAAAACGAAGCACGCAACUGUUCAUGCGUGUUCAUGGUGCUGUUCAGCUUAUCUUAAGGUAGUACCCAGCUGGCAACGUCCACUAUGAGCACAUUGAAUCACGCAGUUGACGGCCUUUCUGUUGUUCGUCCCAUGGUAAAGUUAUUCAUGAGGGCAGCUCUGCUUGCAUGACACAAGAAACCGUUAAGCAUGAC